AUGAUGGUUGAUAAAAUUAAAAAGAUUGACCAUCAUGAAUCUCUUCCAUUUCAUAAAAAAUCAACAAAUCAAUCUCAAAUACAACAUCAAUUAUCUUCAAAUUCUUAUCAUUAUGAUGACAAAUCUGACAAUAGUAGUAAUCGAUCAUCAUCUAGAGAUUCGAUGCGGCUAGCAAUCCAUCAUAAACAUAAACAUAACAGUUUUUAUAAUCAUCAUACAACAACAAGCUUUAACACACCAUCAUCAACUUCAUUAUCAUCUCACACCUUAAAUUCAACUGAUACAAAACAAAUAGAAUCGUUUGAUAAAGCUGCUAAACAUUAUCAUCAAACUAAGACUGAUUCAGUUGAAUUAUCUCUGCAUGAUGCAGAAAUAUCAUCUACAAAUAAUCAACAUCAAAUAUCUUGUUUACAAAAUGAAAUGGAACCGAAUAAACAUUUGACUAUAGAUAAUCACCAAAAUUUAGCAAAUGAGAAACUCUUUGAUUUUCUUGUUAAUAAAGUUCAACCAGUACUUGAUACGAAUUGGCUUGAUCGAUCAGAUGAAGAUGAUUUCAUUUUACAUGCAGUUUUUACAGUUGUACGAAAUAUUCUUUCAAUUAAAUCUGAACGACAAAUUUCAGAAGAAAGUGAUAUUAAUGCACAUGAUCUUGUUCUAUGGUCAAUUCAUAAGAGUAAUAUGGAAAAUUUGAUAUUAUUUUGUGGUAAUAAAGCUCAAGGUGACGAACGUAUAAUGAAUAUUCUUGAAAUUAUUGUUUUAAUGUUACGAGAACAAUCUGCAGAAGAAUUAGCUUAUACAGGUGAACAACAAACAAAAAAUCAACGAGAGAAGAAUAAUGAAGCACUCGAUUUACUUUAUGAACGUGAAGUAGCUGAAAAACAACAAUUAAACAAAUUAACAGCACGUCGAUCAGCAUUUGGUGCUGCUACAUAUGUUAUGUGUAAUGCAAAAGGUAUUGGAGAAAAUCAACUUAUUUGUCAUCGGCCAUUACAAAAUCUUAAUACAAUGGAAUUUGAUCGAGAAAAACGUCGUUUUCGUCGACCAAAAAAUCGUGCACCUGUUAAAAAUGAUUUAGAUGAUUCUCAACAUCAUCAUUCAGCAUUAGGCAUUCGAUUAUUUCUUCGAGAAUUUUGUUUAGCAUUUUUAGAUAAUUGUUACAAUAUACUUAUGCCUCGUGCAAGGGACAUGAUUAUUAAAUCAACAUGUUUACUUAGUGAUGAAACAAAUUUUUUUUGGGCAAUAAGAUUUUUUACAGAAUUUAAUCGACAUGCACAUACUUCAAUUGAUCGUAUAAGUGAAACAUUACAAAUGAAUACAUUUCAUUUACUUCAUACAAAAAUUGAUUAUUAUAGAGAAAUGAUUAAAAUCGAUAAACCUGAAGCAAAACUUUGGGCAAAACGAUUACAAAUUGGCUUUGGUGCUUUUAAAGAAUAUAUUCUUUGUGUUAAAUCAAUGUUAACAAAUCCUAAUGAACUUAUUGUUCGUGCUGCAAUAAUUAUCAAAAAUAAUAUUUUCUAUAUGCAAGAAUAUCGUGAACAAAUUCAUGUUUUACUUAAAGAUUAUGAUAAUACAAAAAUGACUAAUGUUUAUCUUCAUGAUCUUAUUGAAAGUACUCAUGAAUUUCUUAAAAUGCUUGAAGAACAUACAUCAAAAUUAAAACAUGUUUUUGUUCAACGUCGUCGUACUGCUCGUAAAUCAACAACAAAGAAAAAUACAAAGAAGAAAAAGAAUGAAAAUGAUGAUGAACCACCAAAUGAACAAUUAGAAGAAGAAUGGCAAAACCAAAUAUCUGAACGAUUAUCAUCUUUAUUACAAGGUUUAGAAGAAGUUACUGUUAAUAAAUCAGAUGUAUGUCCAUUUGAUGCACUUUCUGAAGUUCCUAUUGAUGAUCAAAGUAUAACGGCUGUUGCACGAAUUCAACAUGCAUUACGAACAAAUAAAUUAGAUGAAGCAAUUGCAUUAUUUCGUGCUUCUCGAGAAGUUUGGCCAACAGAGAAGACAUUUGGUUAUGAAGAUAUUGGAGCUGAAGAAGAAUUUAAUUUACUUCGAGAAAUUUAUAUGACAUCAAAAAUGGAUAGUAAUGAUGAAAUAUUUUCAUUUCAUUUCAUAUAUAUUCCUUUUUUAAAUGCUUAUUUAGAUCUGUUACCAAAAAAUACUGAUGAAGAUGAUGAAAAUAAUGAAGAAGAACAUGAAGAAGGACAUGAUGAAGAUGAACAAGAAUCAAUACAUACAACUGAACGUGAAGAAGAAUUCGACUUUAAAAGAUUUAUAAUUCGUUUCGCACAUUCAAGUAUACUUUCGUCAUAUAUUGAUGUUCUUCGUACAUAUACAAGCAAUACACCAUAUUUAAAUCAUUGUAUAAUUCGUAUGUUUUAUCGUGUAUCAGUUGAUUGUAAUUAUUCUGGUAUACUUUUUCAAAUGUCAUUAUUUCGUAUCUUUCAAAAAUUUCAUCUUGAUCCAUUAGCAAAAUUACAACAAUUUUCUGAAUUAUUACAAUUUGGUACUUGGUUAUUACGUAAAUUUUUUGUAUCUACACAAAAGAAUCCAUAUAUAUAUGCUGAAUUACUUUUUUGGAAAGAUCGAAGUCUUGUUGAAGAUAUGCUUGAUGGAUAUCGUCAAAUUACUCAUACGAAUGAAGGAGAAAAAAAAACUAAAGCAGGAUCAUGGUCAAUUGAACAUCAAAUUGAAUUACGAGAUCUUUUUAGAAAAAUUAAAGAAGAACAAGCAGAAAAUAUUGGACUUGAACAAACUGAUAUUGUUGAUCGAAUUAUGUUGGAAUUAACCGAAAAAACAAAAACAAGACGUCAAAUAAUAAAAGAAUUAAAAAAUCAAGGCCUAAUUAAAAGUAUUAAAGAACUUAAACUUAAAAAAGGAACAAAUCGUCGAUCAAAAAAAAAAGAUUUUCUUGAUAAUUCAAAACUUGGUUCGGAUUCAGAUGUUUCAGAUAUAGACGAUGAUGAUGAAAACGAUGACAAUGCUGAUAAUAAUCGUUCUAUUGAAAAUAAAUUAAUUUCAUCUGAACAUGAACAAGAUCAAUCAAAUGAUUCAAAUUCAAAAUCUGAUAAUAUUAUAUCAACAGAAAUUCCUCCUAAAAACACUGCACAAGAAGUAGAAGAAGAUAAAGAAGAAGAAGAAGAAGAAGAAUCAUUACCAAUUCUAACAAAACAAAGUCGUAAAUAUGAAUCUUCAUCAAUGUUCAAUGAUAAUGAUAAUGAUGAUGAUGAUGAUGAUGAUGAUAUAUCUUCAUCACGACCAAUAAAAAAAGCACGUCGUCAGUUGGUGUCUUCAAGUGAAGACGAUGAUUAG